GAAAACUACGCUAGGCUACUUCUAGAAGUACUACAGAAUUCAUAUAGCAGCUACAAGGAAACAGCUUAACAGUGACACCUCGACGUAUCAAAAACAAAAAGAUUCCACUGACGCCAACAAUCUCAUCCUUGACCUCGCUGGUGUAGUAGAAACAAAAUGCGCCGGACCAGUUUCGCAAAUUCCGGAAGCAGGAGUAGAGCGACCUGCUCUAUUUCCGCAACUAUGACUCGCCUAGUCGGCCUUCUCACCACCGCUUUGCUCGAGCAGCGGCAUUUCCUGGUAGACGUGGUCCUUGCUGGAGGUACGACGGCGGGACAACAACCUGUCGACGAGGUGGGAGCGCAACAAGACUCAGGGUUGUACCCCAGUAUUCCCGUCGCGGGGGUUCCUCGUGCACCUGACAAUGUGCAAAUGUUGCAAAUAGACGCUGCUACAGAAGAACUUGAGAGAGCAGUAGCGUCGCACAACGAAGAUCUCAGUCACAGUCUCGACGCAGUCUCUCAUCAGCGCCAGCACUUUGUUCGACGAGGAGGACAUCACGAGCCUAGGCCGACAAUACCUGCAUCAAGCAUGUCAACACAACGAGUAGAUGAACAUGGUCUUCCAAGAACAAGAACCUCCUCCCACCAUCAAACAAUUAAGCGGUCCCGCCGCGCCGCCCACAACAUCCCUCCGUCCUCCUUCAUCGACGGGAAAGCGCUCGCGCCGAAUCCUUACGCGCGGGUGCAAAUUUUGUACUGCCAAGGUGACCGGAACUGCGAGUCUUCGGAGGCCGUGAAGGUCUGUCCGAGCGUUUCGUCUGACAAGAACACCGGGAAAGAGUAUUACACGUUGGUGGCCAAUCCCCUUGCCCGGGGCGACUGUCGCAACCCGGACUGGGAUGUCUUACCUUCUUCCGGCGUUUCCGGACAAACCACGACCACCAGAGCACACAGCGAGCGGCAACUGUCGGUGUACACGACCUGCUCGCAGGCACAAAACGAGUACUUCCGCGCCGCGGCACUGACGCUCGGGCGCCCGCCGGUGGAGGCGGACUUGGCGAACCUGUGCAUCUGGAACGGGUGGCGGGGACACAGUGCGCAAGACGUGAUGAUUCUAACGAACAAGGAUUGUCAGGCUUAUUUGGCGCAGGAAGCAACACUCUGCCACGUCACGUCGAUGCUGGUAUAUAUCAAUACUAAAAAGAAAUCACUGCUGGUGUAAUUCAUUGAUUCAAAGCCACUCUGGCUUAACUCGUUUGCUAGUCCUAGAUUGAUUCCGAGCAGAUGUCGAUGUGCUAGUGCUGCAGUGGUGCCCACGAGGAUGCAGCUGUCUUUAAUCCAAAAAAAAACUAACAUUCAUCUCGCAGAUCACCGCUAUGCUUUCCACCACGGCGGAAACUAACGAGAAGCACUGCCGCUGUGAGAUCCAGCAGGAAAUCCGACAUUUCCUUGACAGCACAAGCGGGACAAAUUCGACAACGCCGGUUUGCGCGGGGGAUCGAGAAAAUAUCCUGAACGGGCUGAAAUUCCUGGAGUGCGACGGGACAGCGUACUCUUACAACCCCGCUGCCAGUAGUAGUUCCGGUAGCAGCAGCAACGCAACCGCUUUGGCACAGCGGAACCAGAUAGCCUUUGCCGAGGUAAGAGAGUUGGUUUCUUGGGAUGUGUUUCAGAAAUGAUACUCAUGCAAAGCACAUUAGGCGACGCCUUCGUAGGCCGCUUAGUGAUGAAAACGUUGAAAGGUCACCGGACGAUACUAGAAGAUCAUGUUUGAUGUUUGAACUUCGAUUUCCAACCUCUCUCAGACAAAGUCCACGCCCCGCCCGCGGCUGUUGCGGUCCCUGGCGAGUUUUGCGCGCGCGAAUGGCGGUUCCUCUGCCACGGAUUCUUCAUCUUCAAGUCCCCAACAACGUUCCGCCGCCGCACUGCUAGGCACUAACAGCGCAGUGGACCAGCUUGAGCGGCGCAACGGGUUCUACCGCAGCAGCGCCGUGCUCUCAGACACUGGGUCAGCGUGGUCCACCACGACUACGACAGGAGACGAUGCGUCGUUCUCUAGCAGCGGAACAAACUCCGGUCCGCAAGAACUCGUUCAAUCAUCCUGGCUGGUGCCGCCGACCGAGUUCCAGGGGUUCCAGAUGUACAACGUGCAAAUUCUGCCCAACUGCGGCAUCAAAGUCGCCCUGUUCUCCCAGUCCUUUCCGCAGCCGGACAACUAUCAAAACUCGGACGGGGAACUGUUCCGCGACACCAACUUCGCCUCCGGGCUGGGCGGGGUGCGCACCAUUCCCGUGAACAAUCAAACUACAACGUCUAAUUUAACCGCGGAACAGCAGUAUGCGCGGGAUGUGGAGGUGAUUGCGGGUACCUCCGGGGAGCAAACGCUGGCGGACGCGGGAAAUGUCCCGCGGGCCGACCCGUUCGUGGUGGCCGAGAAAAAGUACGAGAUCAAAAAGAUGUUCUCCACCCUGGACAGCCUCGCGGGCAACGUGAUGGUGAACAGCGAGACCUACGACGUGGGGGACGCACGAGGCGUGCAGACGAAGGUGUUUCCCAUGCACGAGGACGAGUCUUUCUACUUUGUGUUGGAACCGCAACUGCCGGACCGAAAGAACGUGUUCCGAAUCCGCUACCAAUGCAGCCUCGCGAAAAAAAACGCGCUCGUGGUAGGAAUUCUUUUUGUUUUUCUGGUUUAAUUGUGGGCCUCGUGGUUAUGCUCGUCGACGUUGAAGAUUGUAGUUUCUGUGAUUGUUUCUAUGCCCUUUUCUCACCCUUUAUCACGACAGGAUGUGUACCAGAAGCACAUGGACUAUCCAAGCAGCUACCCCGUAGAGGAGAGGAACUAUGUGGCGAACAUGCUCCAACUCUGCGAAGACAACUACUACUGGUGCGUGAAGGAAGACGCAAUCACCGGCAUCAGCAAAUUUUACCUCUGUAACAACGGAGGCUUAACCGCGACGUUCCGCCUAGAUUUCGUCCACACGCAGCUCAGCUCGAUCUACGCCGCAAAAGAAAGGGAGCAGGGGGUAAGGACGAUCUUCACGUGUUUAGGCACAGGAUGUGCUUUCGUGUUGAAGACGAAAGCACAGUUCUUCUGCUUCCAUCAUCGAGAUUGAAUUACUGGGUAUAAUUGCGUCGAAGAUGUUUUUGUGUACUAACUGUAGCGUGUCAUGCUGUUACUUUCUUAUCUCAUCGUCGUCACGUCACAUAAUCACUAACGUAACACCACAACUGCAAAAUCGAAAAUCAGACCUCUAUCCGCGGUUCGGUCUGCACGGCGCUGUACAGCGAUUUCCGGCCGGGGCAGGACGCGCUUGCCAGUGGCGAUAUCACGGUCGGGUACGAGCAAACGUCCUACGUCGCCCGCAAGUUUUCCUGGGUGGACGACGCGUUCUUGCUCAUUUUCAUGUUCGGUGCACUAUUGAUCGCCGCGUUUUGCUACUUUAUCCGCGAUCACGAAAAGGAGGAGUUGGAGCACUUGCAGGAGCGGCGCAAGUUUAACUUUCUGGACAUGCACCACAACUACACCGUCCCGCCGAAAACGGGGACCGACGGGAAGAGCACCAGAGACAGUAAGAAGGCUGACGCAGAACAAGCCCAGCAGGACUUGCCGAAGGCCCACCCCGAAUACGACGACAGCGCGGAAACGUUGCGAGACGCGGGCGAUUUGCGGAAAACCGACUACACCCACGUCGCGAGGCCCUCGACGCAAGGAGACGGAGGGGAAACACGAGAUUUGGCUGCUAUGCUGCGGUGAGGAAGUGGAAAUAUUUCUUGAUGUGUUUAUUAAUCAUGUGAAUACCAAAACCCAACUCAGAAUGUACCUACACCUAGACGACCUAGUUCCUGAAAAACACCCUGCCAGGAGCAGUAGUUCUUCCUUGUACAAUUUAAGGCUCAGGAACAUCGUUUUCCUUUUCUAUUUAUCUAUCAAGCACAAGCGUCAGUCGAGUCCUAAAAAAGAUCCUAUUCUUACUAAGGGUAAGGAGGUCUUGUAACUGUCGAUUCAUAUUUAGACGCGAAAUGUAGUACGGAGACCGUAAUACUAGAAGCAGCUACAGCUAGAAGUUUUUGCCACCACGUAAAAACUACAAAGAGCCCCAGCACCCUUGCAGCUAUAGCUCCUGUGUAAAUUAGUGAGACGCUUGCAGCGAAUUCGAUUUCAAUGACAAUGUACCAAAGUGAGUUGACGUCUCUUGUCGACUGGUUUCCACCGUGGUCUGCAGACCCCUAAUGUAAAUCUGCAAGCUGCUUGCUUGAUGCGAGGACACCAGUGC